UCUAGUGCUCACCGUAGUUGUUGUCUCCGCUAGGAGACGACCAUCGCUAAUAUUUGCUAGCUAGCUAGCUUGUCCCCUUCACAGCAAUUUGUGCUGUAAAAUGUUUUUACUAAGUGUUUGUUUUGAAUUACAAUGAUGUCUGUGAAAGUUGCAGGAACGAGAGGAUUUUAUUUUAAUACUGUCUUGUCCCUGGCGCGCUCGUUGGCUGCACACCGACCAGCGCCGAUAGAAAAGGUCCAGAAGCUGCAGUGCAUGUGUCCAGUAGAUUUCAGAGGGGUGUUCCAGCUGGAUGAGAGGAGGAGAGAUGCGGUCAUAGCUCUGGGCAUCUUCCUGGUUGAAUCUGAUCUACAGCACAAAGACGCCAUCGUCCCCUAUCUGCUGGGCCUGCUGAAGGGACUUCCCAAAGUGCAAUGGAUUGAAGACAGCUGUGGAAGCAAAGGACGAGACAUCCUACCUGUAGCAGAGAACUUCUGCUUCUGUCUGGUCACUCUGCUUGCCGACGUGGCGCAGCGCGAUGGCACCUCACGAGGACGCAUCCUGGAGGCCAUCAUGGACCUAAUGCAGGUCCUGCUGGACAUCUGCCUGAAGCCAGAGGGCCAUGAUCAAGAAUACCUGUGCCGGUACACUGUGCCUUGUCUGUUGGGCGUGGCCCGGGCCUUUGGUCGCUAUAGCAACACUGAGGAGCCCCUGCUGUCCAAGCUUUUUCCGCGGGCAGCAGCCCCGCCCGUGCCCGGCACAGAGGACGCCGACCCGUCGCGACGAUGUUCUUUCAACGAUUUCCGCUCCAUCAUGCCAACCUCCCUGCUUACUGUCUGUCAUGGAAACACGGUCAAGCGUAAAGGAAGCUCUGUUUCCAGUGUGUCACAACAGGCCAGUCCAGAGAGAGCAGGACUGACCCCCAGGUCCCCAGCUGACCCUUCAGCACAGUACUUUGAGGGCUCGUAUCUCCCUGACGGUAGUGCUGUGGACCCAGACUAUUACUUCUCCACUAUCAGUUCUAGUUUCUCUGUGUCUCCUCUGUUUACGGGCAGUGCCCAGGGAGAGUUUGACGUUCCUCUGGAUAUUCUGCGCCAGCUCCUCAGUAUGGUUGAGCAGUUUGUCUCAGAGUCCUUUCUGAAAAAACUGGAUGACACACUGCAGGAGUUUCUAGAGUUAAACCCAGGUGUGCACCUGUACUACAAGACUUUCAGUGAUCCGCUGUAUGUUGCCAUCUUUAAAAUGCUGAGGGACACGCUGUACAACUUGAAAGACCUGCAGACGGGCUACGUGAAGGAGGUGCAUGACUUUGUUCUGGAGCAGUUCAGCAGCAGCCAGUCAGAGCUGCAGAGGAUCCUCCACGAUGUGGAGUACCUGCACAGUGAACUGAGUCCUCUGAAGCUCCGCUGCCAGGCCAACGCCGCCUGCGUGGACCUCAUGGUCUGGGCUGUCACUGAGGAGCAGGGAGCUGAGAACCUCUGCACCAAGUUGUCAGAGAAGCUGCAGUCCAAGACUUCCAGUAAAGUGAUCAUCGCUCACAUGCCUCUGCUCAUCUGCUGUCUGCAGGGUCUGGGUCGUCUGUGCGAGCGGUUCCCAGUGGUGGCCCACUCGGUCACCAUGUCCCUCCGAGACUUCCUGGUGGUGCCAUCUCCUGUCCUGGUGAAGCUCUACAAGUACCACAGCCAGUCGGCCACCGGGACGGGUGAGAUCAAGAUCCAUGUGACCAAUGAGCAUUCCCAGUCCACAUUCAGCGCUCACGCCAAUAAGAAAAGCCAGCCGUCCAUGUACGAACAGCUCCGGGACAUCUCCAUAGAUAACAUCUGCAGGUGUCUGAAGGCAGGUCUGACUAUGGACAGUGUUAUAGUGGAAGCUUUCCUUGCCAGCCUGUCCAAUCGUCUCUAUAUUUCCCAGGAGAAUGACAAAGAGGCCCACCUGAUCCCUGACCACACCAUCAGAGCGCUGGGUCACAUUGCGGUGGCUCUGAGGGACACGCCCCGCGUCAUGGAGCCCAUCCUACAGAUCCUACAGCAGAAGUUCUGCCAGCCGCCAUCGCAGCUAGAUGUACUCAUUAUAGAUCAGCUGGGAUGCAUGGUCAUCACUGGGAAUCUAUACAUCUACCAGGAGGUGUGGAACCUGUUCCAGCAGAUCAGUGUGAAGGCGUCGUCGAUGGUUUACUCUACUAAGGACUACAAAGACCAUGGAUACAGACACUGUUCCCUGGCAGUGAUCAACGCCCUAGCGAACAUUGCAGCUAACCUGGCGGCAGAGCAGAUGGUAGAUGAGCUGCUGGUCAAUCUACUGGAGCUCUUUGUCCAGUUGGGACUUGAGGGCAAGAGGGCCAGCGAGAGGGCUCCAGACAAGGGCCCUGCCCUGAAGGCGUCAAGCAGUGCUGGCAACCUUGGGGUGCUCAUUCCUGUCAUUGCUGUGCUGACAAAGCGUCUGCCGCCCAUCAAGGAAGCGAAGCCACGUCUGCAGAAGCUGUUCAGAGACUUCUGGCUUUAUUCUGUUGUGAUGGGAUUUGCUGUUGAGGGAUCAGGGCUGUGGCCAGAAGAGUGGUAUGAAGGAGUGUGUGAGAUCGCCACCAAGUCUCCUCUCCUCACCUUCCCCAGCGGAGAACCGCUACGCUCAGAACUGCAGUACAAUUCCGCCCUGAAGAAUGACACUGUCACAGCGGCGGAGCUUAAUGACCUGAGGAGUACCAUUAUAAACCUGCUGGAUCCUCCUCCUGAGGUGGCUGCUCUCAUCAACAAACUUGACUUUGCCAUGUCUACCUAUCUACUGUCAGUCUACAGGCUGGAAUACAUGAGGAUGCUGCGCUCCCUGGACUCUGACCGUUUCCAGGUGAUGUUCCGCUAUUUUGAGGACCGAGCCAUUCAAAAGGACAAAUCUGGUAUGAUGCAGUGUGUGAUCGCAGUGGGUGACAAGGUGUUCGAAGUGUUCCUACAGAUGAUGGCUGAGAAGCCGAAGACUAAAGCUCAUGAGGAAGAGCUAGAGCGACACGCUCAGUUCCUAUUGGUCAACUUCAACCACAUCCACAAGAGAAUUCGCAGGGUGGCCGACAAAUACCUGUCCGGUCUGGCUGAGACCUUCCCCCAUCUUCUCUGGAGUGGCCGGGUUCUGAAGACCAUGCUGGACAUCCUGCAGACCCUGUCGCUCUCCCUCAGCGCGGACAUCCAUAAGGACCAGCCGUACUACGACAUCCCCGACACCCCCUACAGGAUCACCGUUCCAGACACCUACGAGGCCAGAGAGAGCAUAGUGAAGGACUUUGCUGCUCGCUGUGGGGAGAUCCUUAAAGAAGCCAUGAAGUGGGCCCCUUCUGUUACCAAGUCACAUCUGCAGGAGUACCUGAACAAGCACCAGAACUGGGUGUCUGGUCUGUCCCAACACACCGGCCUGGCCAUGGCUACAGAGAGCAUACUGCACUUCGCUGGCUACAACAGACAGAGCACUACAUUGGGGAUCACCCAGCUGACAGAGAGACCAGCCUGUGUGAAGAAAGACUACUCCAACUUCAUGGCUUCACUCAACCUGAGGAACCGCUAUGCUGGAGAGGUGGCAGGUAUGAUCCAUUUCAGUGAGGCGGUGCGUAGCCAGUCAGAUCUGCCCAGGCUGAUGGUUAGACAGAUGACCGAAGCUCUGGACAACCAGAACCACGGGGCCUUCACUGAACACAUGUUCAAACUGGCUGCACUGCUCAUCAGCACUAAAGAUUGUGAUCCUCAGCUUCUUCACCACCUGUGUUGGUCUCCUCUGAAGAUGUUCACGGAGCACGGCAUGGAGACGGCCAUCGCCUGCUGGGAGUGGCUGCUGGCUGCUCGGACCGGAGUGGAGGUCCCGUUCAUGCGUGAGAUGGCCGGGGCUUGGCAGAUGACCGUGGAGCUGAAGAUGGGCUUGUUCUCUGAUGCUCAAGUGGAGGCGGACCCCCUGGCUGCCUCAGAGGAGAGCCAGCCUGCCCCGUGUCCCCCCGACGUCACCCCUCACUGCAUCUGGAUAGAGUUCCUGGUCCAGAGGUUUGAGAUAGCUAAGUAUUCCAGUGAAGACCAGGUGGAGAUUUUCGGCUGCCUAUUACAACGUUCACUCUCCCUCAACGUGGGCGGGGCCAAUGGCAGCCUCAACCGCCACGUAGCUGCAAUCGGACCCCGCUUCAGGCUCCUAACUCUGGGUCUAGCAUUACUCCAUUCCGAUGUAGUCACCAACGCCACCAUCAGAAAUGUCCUUCGAGAGAAGAUCUACUCCACCGCUUUCGACUACUUCAGCGCCCCUCCUAAGUUCCCCACCCAGGGCGACAAGCGCCUGCGCGAGGACAUCAGCUUCAUGAUCCGCUUCUACGCCAGCAUCCUGUCGGACAAGAAGUACCUGGCAGCGUGCCAGCUGGUCCCUCCUGGUGAGCUAGGCGCCGUGCCCACCCCCAGCACCCUCUCUGCCGGGAUAUUUGGAUCGCUAAUCGUGUCCAGCACUACUCCAAUAUCGAUGCUAAACAACCAGGACCCCUCGUUGAACAGUCUGUCGGUGAUGACAGCCCAGGACCCCAGGUCAACAGCAUCCCAUGACUCCAGCUCCCGCUCCCAGCAGAGUGGUCAGAGUGGCUGGAUCAACACCUACCCCUUGUCUUCUGGCAUGUCCACAGCAUCCAAGAAGUCAGGCCUGUCUAAGAAGAGUAACAGGGGGACCCAGCUCCAUAAGUACUACAUGAAGCGCCGGACACUUCUGCUGGCCCUACUGGCCAGUGAGAUUGAGCGGUUGACUACGUGGUACAACCCCCUGUGCACACAGGAGCUGGCCAUCGCCACAGAGCAGUCAGUGGAGACCAGCAUCGCCAACUGGAGGUCCAAGUACAUCAGCCUGAGUGAGAAACAGUGGAAAGACAAUGUCAACCUGGCCUGGAGUAUAGCGCCUUACCUGGCCAUGCAGCUACCUGCCAGGUUUAAGAACGAUUCGAUAGUGGCCGAGGUGACCCGGCUGGUGAGACUCGACCCCGGAGCGGUCAGCGACGUCCCCGAGGCCGUCAAGUUCCUGGUGACUUGGCACACCAUCGAUGCCGACUCCCCCGAGCUGAGCCACAUCCUGUGUUGGGCUCCGGCCGACCCCCCGACCGGCCUGUCGUACUUCUCAUCCAUGUACCCCCCACACCCCCUGACUGCUCAGUACGGGGUUAAAGUACUGCGCUCGUUUCCUCCGGAUGCCAUCCUGUUUUAUAUCCCUCAGAUCGUUCAGGCCCUUCGCUAUGACAAGAUGGGCUAUGUGAGGGAGUACAUACUCUGGGCGGCCCAGAAGUCUCAGCUGUUGGCCCACCAGUUCAUCUGGAACAUGAAGACUAACAUCUACCUGGAUGAGGAGGGACACCACAAAGACCCUGACAUCGGAGACCUGUUGGAGGAGAUGGUUGAGGAGAUAAUCGGCUCUCAGUCCGGUGCAGCUAAAGACUUUUUCCAGAGAGAGUUUGACUUCUUUGACAAAAUCACUAACGUUUCCGCCAUCAUCAAACCAACCCCCAAGGGUGACGAGAGAAAGAGGGCGUGUCUUAAAGCCCUGUCCGACAUCAAAGUCCAGCCAGGCUGCUACCUGCCCAGUAACCCAGAGGCCAUCGUACUAGACAUCGACUACAAGUCUGGAACACCCAUGCAAAGCGCCGCCAAGGCCCCCUACCUGGCCAAGUUCAAGGUGAAGCGCUGUGGAGUCAGCGAGCUGGAGAAGGAGGGCCUGCGUUGUCACUCAGACUCUCAGGACGGAGAGGACAGCGAAGAUGUUGCCCGCCGCAUCGUCUGGCAAGCAGCCAUCUUUAAAGUCGGAGAUGACUGUAGACAGGACAUGCUGGCUCUACAGAUAAUCGGUCUGUUUAAGAACAUCUUCCAGCUGGUGGGACUGGACCUGUUUGUGUUUCCCUACAGAGUGGUGGCUACAGCCCCCGGGUGUGGCGUGAUCGAGUGCAUCCCUGACUGCAAGUCCCGUGACCAGCUGGGCAGACAGACGGACUUUGGGAUGUACGACUACUUCAGGAACCAGUACGGAGACGAGUCCACUCUGGCCUUCCAGAAGGCGAGGUACAACUUCAUCCGUAGCAUGGCAGCAUACAGCUUGCUGCUCUUCCUGCUGCAGAUCAAAGAUCGACACAAUGGGAACAUCAUGCUGGACAGCAAGGGACACCUUAUCCACAUAGACUUUGGCUUCAUGUUUGAGAGUUCCCCUGGUGGUAACCUGGGCUGGGAGCCAGAUAUCAAGCUGACUGAUGAGAUGGUGAUGAUUAUGGGAGGCAAGAUGGAGGCCACGCCUUUCAAAUGGUUCAUGGAGAUGUGCGUUAGGGGAUACCUGGCUGUCAGGCCAUACAUGGAUGCGGUGGUGUCUCUGGUCACUCUGAUGCUGGAUACCGGACUGCCAUGUUUCAGAGGACAGACCAUCAAGCUGCUCAAGCAGCGGUUCAACCCCAGUAUGAGUGAGAAGGAGGCGGCUGCUUUCAUCAUCAAAGUGAUCCAGAGCUGCUUCCUCAGCAGCAGGAGCAAGACCUAUGAUAUGCUACAGUAUUACCAGAACCAGAUCCCAUACUGAAGACCUGCAAUAUUAGCCCGUACUGAGCGCCUGCUUUAUCCUGUCUGAUUCAACACCUUAUUCCCUCUGUAGGCAGUGUCCUCAGUUUUAUCCUGUCAGAAGGUCAGAGGUUGUCCUCCGCUUGCUAGCUAGCGUCAAGCAUCUUGUGCACUUUAUAGAUCAUUGUAUUUUACCCGCCUGAUUGGACCCUGAUCAAGAGCUGUUACACACGACAAGAGAAAUCGGCAUACUAACUGGAUGAAAUGAUGAUGAUUAUUUAUUUUUAAGUUAGGCAAGCAAGCAAAAAACCAACAAUGCAUUGGACAGGCUUGUAAAAAUACUAUUUCAGCCUUAGUUCAACAGCUAGUAUCCUCUUCAAGGCCUCAUUGGGGUUUGAAGUGGGAUAGCAUUGUUAAGAACAUCUGUCCUGAUCGGUCUGAGGCACAGCUUGUUUCCAAAGGAGAACUAAAGAAGUCUUUGAUAAUAUUCUUUUGGCUGCUUUUUGUCAUUUAAUUUUGUGAGAAAUAGCAAGAGGGGCAUUUUUUCCACAGUAGAUCAACUUGAUAUGGCCUAGCCUAUCAACCAACCAGUUGAUUCCUUCAGUCAUGUGAGCUAUUGCUGAACUCCAUUUGCAAUCAGCAAAGCCAUACAUCAGUCAAGGGUGUCUUCAAUCAGUUACAUUCUAAUUGUGUGUGUGUGUGUGUGUGUGUGUCUGUGUGUGUCUGUGUGUGUCUGUGUGUGUGUGUGUGUGUGUGUGUG